AAGGUUAAAGCCCUGAGCUUCUUCCAUGGAAUAUUGAUUCCAGUAUUAAUUCUCUUGUAUCUCUCUCUACCUUGGUUUCAUUCGUUUUGAGGGAGAUGGGUUCUUUAGAUAGAUCAAAGAAAAGAGUUCAGCUAUGGAAGAAAGCUGCUUUCCAUUUUGGUUUUUGUUUCAUUAUGGGUUUCUUCACUGGUUUCACCCCUACCAGUAGAGCUUCAAUUUUCUCUGCUCCUAUUGCAUCAAAUCAAUCCAUCAAGAACCAGGAAGUUUCCCCCAAGGCUAUUGAAAUUUUAAAACCAGUAGCUACCAAAGAGGUGACCUUGAAUAGAAAUUUAAUGGUUAAAAUUCAGGUGGUAGUUCCUGAAACUCCAGUGGCAGUUCAGAAUAGUUCAGAAGAUCAGCAAAAUAAAUCUCCAGUGAAAGAAGAAGAAGAAGAAGAUGAUGUAACAUUGAUUCCUAAAAAGGUUUUGAUUGUUAUUACGCCGACGACAUCGAAUGAUCUGCUUCACGGAGCCUUACUGAGAAGAAUGGCUACUACACUGAAACUGGUUCCUCCACCUCUGCUUUGGAUUGUUGUGGAAGCUCAUUCAGACUCAACAGAGAUAUCAGAGAUAUUGAGGAACACAGGAGUCAUGUACAGACACUUGGUUUUCAAGGAGAAAUUCACAGACCCAGAAGCUGAAUUGGAUCAUCAGAGGAAUAUUGCACUGAAUCUAAUAGAAUAUCAUCGACUCGAUGGGAUUGUUCACUUCGCCGGGCUUUCUAACUAUUAUGAUCUUGAUUUCUUUGAAGAAAUCAGAGAAACUGAGGUUUUCGGGGCAUGGCCGAUUGCUUCGGUAUCUGGAAACAGGAAGAGGGUGGUGAUCGAAGGCCCUGUAUGCGAUUCUUCGCGAGUUAUAGGGUGGCAAAUAUGGGGCAUGAACAAACAUGAUCAGGAUCUGGUGAAACCAAUUCAUAUUUCAAGUUUUGCAUUCAACAGUUCUGUUCUCUGGGAUCCUGAGAGAUGGGGCCGUCCUUCAUCUGUUCAAGACAUCACACAGAACUCGAUGAAAUUCGUCCAACAAGUGGUUCUUGAAGAUGAAAGCAAGUUGAAGGGAAUCCCAAAAGGAGACUGCUCUAAAAUUAUGCUUUGGAAUGUCCACAUACCAAGAAGGCAGAUUAUGACUUAUCACUCAUCUCCAGUCACUCCACCAAAUAGCAAACACAGAUGGUAGGAGAAUGAAGAAAUAAGGGAGAAGGAGUAAUUUGGUGUUUGAGAGUUUUUAUU